AUGCUUAUUCAAGGAAUUCUUGUUCGUAACGGUGAGCAUGGUGAGAGUGGAUUUGAUGGCACUGAUGGAGAACAGGGAGAACGUGGAUUUCCUGGACCUUCUGGAGAGAAAGGCAGCAGAGGAAAAUGGGGCAGAAAAGGCCCCAGAGGAGAACCAGGUGAACGAGGAGAAUCUGGUCUAAGAGGAGAUCAUGGAGAUCCUGGGGCUGACAAUAAUGUCACUGGUCCUAAGGGUGAAAAAGGAAACCUAGCACCACAGGGAGACCCAGGUCCACGAGGACUCCAAGGACAGCAGGGUGAUGCUGGCCUGGAUGGUGCAGCAGGUCGAAGAGGCCCUCCAGGUGUAAAGGGUGAGCAAGGAGAUCUAGGAGAAACAGGUUACUCAGGAGAAACUGGUCUUCCAGGCCCACAGGUAAUAAUAGAUCUUCUGAGUUGA